CUCGUGCGAGAAGUGGAAGACCUGAGAUCGGAAAACGAGUAUUUAAAAGAUGAGGUGGAGGAGCUGCGCUGUGAGAUGCUGGAGAUGCGCGACAUGUUCCAGGAGGAGGAGGUGUACCAGCUGCAGGAGCUGCGCAUGCAGUUGGAGCAGGCCAACAAAACCUGCCGCAUCCUGCAGUACCGGCUCCGCAAGGCCGAGCGCCGCAGCAUCAGAGUGGCCCAGACCGGACAGGUGGACGGGGAACUGAUCCGGACCCUGGAGCACGAUAUCAAGGUUGCAAAGAGUGUGUCCCUCCGCUUGCAUAACGAGCUGGAGUCGGUGCAGAAGAGGAAUUCCCAGUUGGAAUGGGAAAAUGAGGCGCUCCGCGAGAGGACGCAGGAACUGGAGGUGGCCAAGCAAGUUCUGCAGGCUGAGAUGGAGAAAGCCAGCUCAAGAGAGAAUUCCCUUAAGAGAAGAAGCGUAAGAUCACCAACCAGCAAGGCUGAGAGGAGGCUGUCUCAACAGAUUGAGGAUGACAGCUCCGAUCUCAAAUGCCAGCUCCACUUUGCCAAAGAGGAAUUAGCCCUCAUGUGCAAGAAGCUGACCAAGCUGGUAUCAGAGAAUGAAAGCAUGCGUGAGGAGCUGGCAAAAUACCACUCAGCCUACGGAGAAAUAGACACCACCCAAUCACCUGAAUGCCAAGCACACUCCGCCCUGUCCAGGGAAGCCGAAGUCAAAGUUCACUUGAAGCUGGUUGAGGAGGAGGCCACACUGCUGAGCCGGCGCAUCGUGGAGCUUGAGGUGGAGAACCGCGGAUUGAGAGCAGAAAUGAGCGACCUCCGAGAGAAAAUAGGAGGUGGAGGGGAAGUGGAGGAGGAAGAGGAGCAACGGGAAGCCGGUACAGAAAGCCUUUCCCGUUUCAACCAAGUUAGGGGUUGCAAGGGAAGGGAGCAAAGCUCAAAAAUGGGGUAUGCAGGGUGUGAGCAGGCUGAGGAGGAGAAAGCAGCAAAAUACAAAGUUGUUGCUGAGGACAUCAACCAAACACAGCCUGAAGAGAUGCUCGCACCUUGCCAGAUCGCUCGAGAGGGACCUGUGGGUGGUGAAUGGGAUCCUUUGGACAGCCAAGAGAGUGACUCUGGUAAAAAAGGGGACAGAGGUCUCCGUGGAAUGACCGUGAAAGACUAUGAGAUGCUUCUUGCUUUGAGGGACCAUUCCUGCAUUGUGAGUUCAGCCAUACAGCUCCUAACAACAACACCUAAAAAUGGCCACUGGCCUUCUACUUUUGUCUCUGAGAUAAAAGUGGACUCACCGGGUAAGGGCCAAGUCCCAGCCCAGGACCUACUGUUGCAGGGGCCUUUGAAUGAGGCCCUGGAGCUUCUGCAGACCAUGUUGCUGGCUUUCACUGCAAGAGUGGAAAAACUGUUAACAGGUGUAGACUUAAGUGGAAUUUCCAUUCAAAAAGAUGAGCAUUUUUGGGAUUCCUACAUUUCCUCCUUUGUCUCUGGAAGCUGUGCCGUAAAUGGUGUGAGUGCGCAAAAUAAAACGGGGUCUCCGAGCAAACAGGACAGUGCUGAAGACCUCCGUACCUUAGAGGUGAAGGAGAGGGCAAAACAGAAGAGACAGGGACCUCCUACAGACUGGGACUUCAUCCAAAGUUGUAGGGACCCAAGAAUGUGGUUCACACUGCAGAUUCUCUGGGUCCUACAUCAGUGGUGUCAAGCAACCGGGCCUGGGCAGGAGGAAAAAGAGGCCAGGGUCAAAACCAUAUCUGUGCUGAGGAAGCUCCUGCAAGAACUUGGAGCAGAGCUUCAGGAUGGAGGGAUUCAAACUGAAAGCGAGGCCAAAGCCACACAAGGAGACACAACCGAGGUAGGAAAGAGUGCUGCCAAUGCAAUCUUCGACGAGGGAAGACAUUAUGAGACUGACAGGAAGAACUGGUGCUAUCUCAACCAGGAAGCCGCUCAGCUGGACCAACAGGACCCCAUUAAGACCUGGGACCAUCCAAUCAUGCCGCUCAGCUUCCCUGAUCUCGACUUUGAACAGGUAUUGAUGGAGAGAAGCCACACUGCUCCAGAAAGGACCAAUUUCCGCAUCUACUACAGCCCUCCAUCCGCACGCAGAGUCCUAUCAGCUCAGCUGCAACAAAGCCCCAUCACAGACAGAGACUCCCUUGCCACCACUGCCUCACCCUGGUGUACGCCACCGAGCUCUUUCUCACCUGUCUGUCUGGGAUUGUCUCCUAACCUGAGUGAUGACAUGAAGGAGAUGACGGCUAGCUGGAGGCAACUAGUUCAGUCCAGUUCACUGGAGGGCAAGAGGGGCAGAUUAGGUGAAGGGUGGGUGGAUGUAGCCUGUUCAGGCACCCAGACUCAGAUGCAGCCACAGAUGGUGAGCAUUGGUCUACAGACAGAUGGACCACAGGGUGUUUGUACUGUAAGAAAAAGCCCUUCCCGGGUCCCGAACUCCUCCCUAGUCUCUACCCGCACGUACCACCACACCUCCUACUCCUCCCUGGAAAGGGUAACUAGUAGGAUCGAGAGGCCCAAAUCCAACUCCACUUCGCCUAAAUUGUACAGAAGACAUUCUGCCUCAGGGUCAUCCUCUCUUCCCUCCUCCACCUCUUUUAGUAGCUCUUUAUCAUCCUCCUCUUCAUCUGCGACUUCAUCCAGAGAGCAGGCUUUAUGGAAUCUUCCUGUGAAUGCCGAGGCUGGGAACUCUGUUAGGACUGCCAAGACCCCCACCAAACCUGUGGGAACCAACCGGUAUGGCUUGGUCACGGAGUUCCUGCGCAGAGUUAGUGGUCGGACAGAGAAGCCGGUACCAGGAGCGGGGCAGAAGGGCACAACUGGUUUGAAAAACCUGGAACGGAUUCCAACGAGGCCUCCUGCUGGUCCGCUUCACAGGAACGACAGUGUAACUCGAAUUGUCAACCAGAGGUUCAUGAAGCAGAGGGAAGAGAAAGGGAGUAGUCCGGGCCAAGUCAUGUCAGGAACUGUUAGGAAGGAUCACAGCUUGACUACAAUCACAGGAGAGAGUUCACAAGCAGGUAAGUACGCCAGGCCCCAGCUGAACAGGUUGGAAUGGUUCAGGAGGGCAUCAUACAUUGACUGGAACAAAAACUGGAAUCGGUGUGAUUACACCUUCCAGAGUUCUGCCCAGGCUUUACCGAAGCAAGGUCUUGAGUUGCCCCGAGCCUGGUCAGACCAACUAGUAGUUGCCACAGUGCCCAUCAGAAUGCUGUGCCACAACUUUGCCUCAGCCCGCUCAACUGCCUCCUGCGUGUGCCACUUCCUUGCAGUUCUGACCUCGAUACCUGCAGAGGAGGCCUUGGAUGGAAACUACGACUGUGGCUCCAGCAGUACCUUGACCUUCUGUUUUGCUCGUCCAUCUCGUCCCUCCCAGCGGCAAACCUCAAACCAGAGCAAACUACACCGACCCAGAUACUCCCUGGCAGUCAGCAGGCCUGGAAACUCCAACUUUUCUGAGAAUGGGUACACCAAUGCUGAAAAAAUGUUAGAAUCUAUUUGA